AUGGCUUUAGGAUAUGUUCUUAGUUUGUUUAUAUAUCCUGGCAUAUCACCAAUACUACUGGGUCUAUUUUUGAUUCCAGCCAACGUUGGGCAAGGUAUGGGAUUUCCAAGUUCUCUAUUUUCAUUCAUUUUUGCAUUUCCUCAAGAUUCACAUGCUACAUCUACAUCAACGCUUUAUUUGAUUAGAAGCAUUGGUUCAUUGUUUGGCGUAGGGGGGUUGUCAGCGGUCAUUCAAUCGACUCUUAGGAAAAAAGUAUUCACUGACUUGUCAGAAUUCACUGAUUUCAAUGAAAACCAGAUUCGGGAGAUUAUUCAUAAAGUUACCAAAUCCAUGUCUUCUUUAUAUUAUUUACCAGAGGCUAUUCAGAAGAUUGUAUUAGAUUCACAUGCUACAUCUACAUCAACGCUUUAUUUGAUUAGAAGCAUUGGUUCAUUGUUUGGCGUAGGGGGGUUGUCAGCGGUCAUUCAAUCGACUCUUAGGAAAAAAGUAUUCACUGACUUGUCAGAAUUCACUGAUUUCAAUGAAAACCAGAUUCGGGAGAUUAUUCAUAAAGUUACCAAAUCCAUGUCUUCUUUAUAUUAUUUACCAGAGGCUAUUCAGAAGAUUGUAUUAGGUGAUUAA